AUGCCGUCUACAGUGCAUAAAUACGCUGCGUGCAUUGUGAGGAAAUCUUCGAGUUCUUUAUUCAUCUUAUGUUGUAUUCUUUUAAUUUCUAUUGGAUGGACAAUUGUAAACCUAUUCAAGACCAGACAUGAGUCUGGCGCGGAACAAUCUGUUGUGGAUUAUAUAGCAGUAAAUCUCAAGGUGAAAAUCAAAGCUGGUGACUCUAUGACAACUGCACGUUCAGUUCAAAUCACUCUAUCGAAUACUGGACAUAAAGACAUAUUAUUUGGAAAAUGGAGGAUUUAUUUUUAUUCACUUACUCCAUCAACGACAAGCAAAACUGCAGGUUUUGAAGUUGGUUGGGUAAACGGGGGAUUGUACUUUUUGUCCCCUAUUAAAAACGAGUUUCAAGGAAUUUCCGCCGGUGGAAGUCUCGAUCUCAUCUUCCGUGAAUGGAAGAGUAGUGCAAAAAUUGAUCAUUUCCCAAACUGGUUUGUUGCUUCAAAUACGUAUGGAAUUUCGUCUCCAAGAAUAAUUGAAAGUACAAAGGACGAGAGCUUAUCAUUUGUUAGUUCAUUUGAAAACUCAUUUCAGUGGAAGAGGCACGAGUUUGAUACGUAUAACCCGUACACACCAGGAGAAAGGUAUGAAAUGAAUAAGGCAUUUCAAGAUGCUACUUUGAAAGGUGAAUUUAAUGUUAUACCAACACCAUUUUCUGUGAAAAUAGUCCCUAAUAAAAAAAUUGUUUUCGAUGACAAUUGGGUCGUUGUGGAACAAGCAUCCAUCAAUAAAGAACAUGUGCCAGCUUCACGCAUACUAGCAAUGAAACUGGGACUGACAGAAGUGCUGCAACCGGCAACAAAUAGAGGUUAUAUCAUGUUUGAAAGUGACAAAACUUUCAAUAAAGAACAAUAUGAAAUUAAAGUUGAGGCAAAGACAACGGCAAUUAUAAUAACUUCGAGCAAUGGAAAAGGGGCUUUUUAUGGUAUUCAAACGCUCAUUAGCAUGUUGGACUCGUCAAACAUUAUACCAGAAUGUAUAAUAAAAGACCACCCGAGGUUCCCGUAUCGCGGAUUAAUGAUUGACGUAUCAAGAAACUUUCAUAACAAAGAAACAAUUAAGAAGUUAAUUGAUCUUAUGUCGCUGUAUAAGAUGAAUAAAUUACAUAUGCACCUGACAGACGAUGAGGGCUGGAGAAUUGAAAUACCAUCGAUUCCAGAGCUGACAAAGUAUGGCUCGCGGCGAUGUAACUAUUUUGAAAAAGAUAAAUGUUUAAAUCCUAGCCUUGGAUCUGGGCCUUACUCGUCUGGUUUCUAUACUGUAAGUGACUUCAGAGAGAUAUUACGAUACGCAAAAGAAAGGUACGUUGAAGUGAUACCGGAAAUAGAUGUUCCGGGUCAUGCAUUGUCCGCCAUAAAAGCAAUGCAGUAUAGAGAACAAGAUUUACAACGACUUAAAACAGCUGAAAAACUACCGUCUUACAUUCUUUCGGAUGAUGUAUCUGGUAUUUCCUCGGUGCAGGGAUGGAUGGAGAAUUCUAUAAAUCCUUGUCUAAACGCGACUUAUAGAUUUAUCGAAACGAUUCUGUCUGACUUACAGGUAAUAUACCAAGGCAUACAGAAGCUGGACAGGAUUCAUUUUGGUGGUGACGAGGUUCCAACUGGUGUGUGGGAAAAAUCUAAAACGUGUCAGUCUUUGUUCCAUGGUAAUAGUCUUGAUCAUAGUACAAUAAAGAAAAUGUUUGUAUUUACAGUAGCAGAUAUUGCUCAUAAACAUGGCUUACAAAUCUCGAUGUGGGAAGAUGGAGUUUAUAAAAAGACUCAAGGGCCUUAUGAUGUAAAAGAAUUCAAACAGGAAGAAGUAUAUGUGAAUGCUUGGAGUAACAUGUGGGAGGCUCAGACAGGAGGUAGAGCGAUUGAAUUUGCAGAUUCCGGUUAUAAAGUAAUACUUUCCAUGGCCACCCAUUUAUAUUUUGACCACCCAUAUGAGCCAGAUCCCGAAGAACGAGGUCUAUAUUGGGCCACGAGGUACAUCGACACUUACAAAGUAUUUGGAUUUAUGCCUAUGAACAUAUAUGCUAACGCUGAGUUUGACUCACUCGGGAACAAAAUUAAUUUGAACGACUUGUGCCGUGGACCAUGUCCAAAUACCAAAGCUCCGGAUAAUUUUGUCGGCAUGGAAGCAUGUAUAUGGUCGGAAACGAUUCGAAAUGAGACUCAGCUUUUUGAAAUGACUUUUCCACGACUUCUUGCUUUUGCUGAAAGGGUAUGGCAUGAGGCAGAGUGGGAGAAAUUAAAGGCGCCCGAGGAAGGAGAUAAUACUAAAAGAAGGGACUUUAAACGGUUUGUAGAUAUUAUAGGAAAGAACGAACUGUCUCGUCUAGAAAAGGCUGGUGUGCAAUAUCGGAUUCCACCUCCUGGUUUGACAUUUACUGAAAGUAACAGGGUAGCCAAAAUAAAUAACUUUUAUUCUGGGCAUAAAGUCAUGAUGUCAUUUGGGAAUGAUAGUAAAUGGAGAAGUGUUGGCAAAGAAAUUCAGAUACCAGAAGGGGUAUCGGAUAUACAUGUGUAUGCUGUCUCACCCGUAUUAAACAGAAAAAGUAGAAUAGUUUCAUUAGAUAUCAGCAACGGUGCUGACUCCAUGUAUACAUACUUUAGUUGCACAUGCACCUUUUUGAUUUUGUCACUGUAUGUCAUUGUCAACAGUUAG